UCAUUCAUAACUUUGUAUUAAAUUAUUGAUUGUUUUGAAUGUCAGCGAAAUCUAUGAGACGGUGAAGGAGUGAGUGAUAACAACAUUGCAGACAAUAUACAGACACUUCUUGUUAUAUCAAAGAGUUUAUCAACACUUAUAUCAUGUCAGGUGUUGUCUGUCGUAAGCGAUGUCGACAACCAAAUGAGGAUCAAUUGGAACUGUUCUGUGAAUGGAGUGAUUGUCAUAAAGUAUUCAAUGAUUUAACCAUAUAUUUGCAACAUUUGCAUCAAAAUCACUCUAAAGAGGAUCAAACUAAUUGUGACAAUCAAUCAUUAAGUUGUCAAUGGAUUGGUUGUGAAGAGAACCACUUCGACAACUAUUCACAGUUUUGUCUUCACGUGUCAUAUCAUGGAUUUCAUCAGAAACUCAUGAGUUAUGGUCUUCAGAUAAUGAAGACAUUAGGAGAGUCAAUAUCGUGUCAAAUGGACUCUUCGGCGAGGAAUUCAUUACCAGAACUGCCGAAUAUGUUUGUCUGCGGUUGGGAUCAGUGUUUCACUGAAUUCAUAGAUAGCGAGUCCUUCUAUAGACAUGUGGACACUCAUGCCGUCGAUGACGUACAGAUCCCUUCGCUAUCUAAGGACGAGUUAAAGCGCACCAAAUAUGCUAAAUGUCUUUGGAUUAACUGUGAUAGUGCUGUGAAGUCGAGGUCUCAUCUAAGAGAACACUUAAGAACCCACACUCAAGAAAAACUGAUUGCCUGUCCCUCUUGUGGAGCCAUGUAUUGCAAUAAAACCAAGUUUGUUGACCAUCUUUAUCGGCAAACCGAUAAUAAUGGCAACAAUAAGAAUGAUUCUCUAACAUUACACGUGUCUAAAGUAACUGAUGACCAGUCGAUGACAACACUGACCAUUCAAGUGCCGCAAACUGAAGAGUCGUCAACUGUAGGAAUCAACAGUCAGACGACAUCGUCUUUAUUAAUACAAAAUUUGAAUUCAGAAAAUGAGUUAAUGCUUAUUGAUUUAGCCGACCCGUCGGCACUACAAUCAGUUACGACCAUAAAUACAAUUGUGACCAACAAGAGUGAAGAUAAAAGCAAAUACAUUUGUCCACAAUGUGAUAGAAUCUUCGGCACUCAAUCAUUACUUCGAGAGCACUUUAGAUGUCAUAAUAACAAAUAUAAGUGUAAUGUCUGUCAAAUGACCACUAGUUCUCCGUCGGCACUCAAACAUCACAUGACUUAUCGACACAACAAUGAAAGACCAUUUUCCUGUCAGUUCUGUGAUUCUCGGUUUAAGUCGCGAUCAGACCUGAGACGACACAUUGACACCCAUAACGAGGAACCGCCGUUCAAGUGCUCGAUCUGUAACUUUGAGUCCCGUUGUGUCCACACGUAUUCAAAACAUCAUAAAGAGACGCAUUUGGCUUUCAAAUGUCAAUAUGUUUGCAAUGAAUGCGAUAAGAGUUUCAGUCGCGGCAAUAACCUGACCCGACAUCUCAUUACUAUUCAUAAAUAUGUCCUACCAGUCGGGUGCUCACGAUUUCAAUAUUGCAAACAAGAGGAUGGCUCCUAUAGAUUGUCCACUUUUAUUGAUAACAACUCUUAGUUUUCUA